AAAAAACGGGAAGAAUCGGAACUUCGCUUUGUGACUCUGCUUUUUGCCAGAGAUCUCAAGUUGCUGACUCUGUGUUCCAUCUAUUACGUUUCCAGCAGGAGGCUAGAACUUGCAAGAAGUACCGGUCCUCAUGUAAAAGGCGAACGAUUUGCGCGGACACGGAUGCGAAGAAUGGGGCGUUGUGUUGUAGACAAGAAAACGUUUAGCAGUUGUUACACCCGCCUAUGCUGCAAUGGUUAGUUUCCAGUGCUACAUACCGUACACCCCACACGAUCGUUGUUGACAAGUGAGCCAAAAUGAGUUUCAAAGCAUUUGAGAUAGUACCGGCGACUGAGAAGGUGGCCACAGGAAUUACCUGCCUCGAAUGCUCUGGAACGGCUCUCUUCGUGGGAACAGCAUGCAGUUUCGUUAUUCAGUACGAAAUGGAAGACGGAAUGGGUGUUCGCAAGAUAUCGCAUAACUUUUUAGGAACAAAAAAACCGGUCGAAGGACUCAGGGCUCUGUCCGCUUUGAAUCGUCUGCUCGCAAUCAGCGAUAGCAGUUUUCUCUCUCUGAACCUGGGCAAUCUCGAGGCGGCUCCGCUGUGCAGAGUGAAGAGUGUCUCCACGUUCUGCGUCAAUGAAAACCCUACAAAGGAAGAUCCAUUCUGUGUGGAACUUUGCUUGGGAAAGCGGAAACAGCUGCAGCUUUAUAACUUGACGGAGACGAAGCUGGCCCACGAGAAGGACAUAAGUUUGCCAGAGACUCCCCUGGCCAUGGCAAUGGAUGGCAAAUUUUUGUGCGUCGCUCUGAGCACCCAAUAUGUCCUCGUGGACACAAUGUCUGGAACGAAGCAGAUACUCUUCCCUUAUGAGAGUAACAUCACAGUGCCUGUAGUUAAACGCAUUAGCAAGGAGGAAUUUCUGCUGAAUGGCCCCAGUGCACUGGGGAUGUUUGUGACAACAGAGGGCGUGUCGCAGCGUCCUCCCCUGCCAUGGGCAGCUUCCGUCAAAGCCCUCACGUACAGCCACCCCUACGUUGUUUGUCUAUCUGACGACUGCCUCGACGUUUACAGUUUGUUUGACCAGCAACCUAAGCAGAGGAUUCCCUUUCGUGGUGGGACUUAUCUGGACAACCUUGAGGGCAAAGUGCUUGUCUCAGGCGAGGAAAGUGUAUUUGUGCUGCACCCAAUCCCCUGGGAGACUCAGGUGCAAACCCUCCUCUCUGAGAAGCGUGUCACUGAAGCUUUAGAACUGGCCAGGCAGUCCAGGAAGGAUGACAAGGAGCUGCACAGCUUUUAUCAACGAGCUGGCUUUGUACAGUUUUGCGAGUGGAACUUCGAAGAGGCCCAGGAGCUCUUCCUCAUGGGGCAGCUGGACGUUGCUGAUCUCCUGUCCAUGUACCCUCGCCUGAGAGUCUCUCCAAGUCCGCGCAGCAUUCCCGACACGGAGGAGAUGUGUGCUGGGGAUCCCGAGUUGCUGGACAAGUGUAACCAGUUCUUGAUAUCGUACCUGGAGGCUGCCGUCAUUAGUGAUGCUCACACGCGAAUGCUAGUCAACACUGCACUGGUGAAGCUGUAUGCUGACACCGACAGUGACAAACUGCUGCGCUUUGUGGAAAGUGGAGGGCCCUGCGACCUGGCAGACUGCACGCAGUUCCUGUUGCAGGGCGGCAGGUACCACGCCGCCGCUUCCCUCUACGUCGCGCACGCAAAUCAUGAGAGCGCCUUGCAGUUGUGGCUCAAAAUUCUUAAGGGAGACCUGGAGGACAGCAGCUUCCCGGGGCCCUCCUUUUACGUCCAGUUUCUUGCCAGACUGAGUGACAGCCAGCUUGUGUUGAGGUACGUGGAACCCGCACUGGAGAAGGACCAGCUCAUGGGGGUAAAGGUGUUCACUGGAGGGAACCACGACGAUCAGCCGGACAGGGUUCUGGAACUGCUGCAUAGGUUUCCGGAGGCCACCGUCAAGUACCUUGAGCACCUUGUCUUAGAGAAGAAAAUCGAGAAGGAGAAAUACCACACGUUGUUGGCAGUUCUCUACCUGGAGAGGGUGCUGGAAGACCGCUGCUGUCCAGAAAGGUGCUCCCCCUGGUGUCCGCGUGCGAGCGGAAGUGAAGACGAUCAACGUUGUCUUUUCAGGAAACAGCUCCAGCGGCUGCUCACCACUUCCUCUUGCUAUCGGGUGCAGCUUCUGCUGGGGAAGGCCUUGGAGAAUGAACUUCAUGAGGAAUGUGCGAUCCUUUAUGGCAAGCUAGAAGACCAUGACAAAGCCCUAGGCAUCCUGGUACACCAGCUGAAAGACUACGAGGCUGCCGAAGAAUACUGUCGCCGCUGGUCUCGGGGCCGCGACGAAAAAUACCGGCACAGACUUUAUCAGGCACUCUUGACCGUGUACAUUGCCCAGCAAGAGCUCCUAGCACCAGCCAUUCAGUUGCUGAACAGUCAAGUGGCUGACUUUGACGCUGUCAAGGUGCUGCAAGUGGUACCACAGGCCUGGUCGGUAGCCAUGGUGGACCAAUUUUUGGCCAAGGCGGUCCGUUCGUCCCUGCACUGUACAAACAUGAGCCGAGUUGGCAUGGCCCUGGCUAGGGGUGAGACCUUGCAGGCCAAGUGUAGCAAAGUCUUCUUGGAACGCAAGCCCCUGGUGCUCACGGAAGACAGAGUGUGCAGCAUCUGCGGGAUGACAUUCGUAGAAGCAGCUUUUGCGUGGUGCCCAGAUGGGUCGGUGGUGCACGUUCAUUGCUCUGGGAAGAGAUGACCAUGGUGCAAGUCCGUGGAAGCGACAAUUCUUUUUCCACUGAGUGGAUUGAAAAUGCAGCAUGCCAAAAAAAGAAAAAGCCUGCUGUCGACGUGUAUGUAUAAUUAAUCGUGGGCAAAAAAAUUAUACAUAUGCCUAAUGAUGAUAAAAGAAACGUAGAAAACA